GGGAAGGCACAGAACUCCUAAAUGUCUCUAGAAACUCGGUUUUAGUUCACGUGGUCUACUCUCUUGGUCCCAACCUACAGUUUAUAUAAAACCUGGCGACAGAGUAAAAUACUUUUUGGGGCCACGCUCCAAGUGACAGAAAACGUGGAGCCGGGGACGCGUGCUACGCAAGCGGAAGCGGAAGUUGAGUGACACUCCCCCGCCCCACCAUGGGCAAGAAGGGCAAAGUCGGGAAGAGCCGGCGGGACAAGUUCUAUCACUUGGCAAAGGAGACAGGUUAUCGUUCCCGCUCUGCCUUCAAGCUGAUUCAGCUGAACCGUCGCUUUCAAUUCCUGCAGAAAGCCCGAGCCUUGCUGGACCUGUGUGCUGCGCCGGGGGGAUGGCUGCAGGUGGCUGCCAAGUUUAUGCCUGUAUCAAGUCUUAUUGUGGGGGUGGAUCUGGUACCAAUCAAGCCUCUUCCCAAUGUGGUGACACUCCAAGAGGACAUCACAACGGAACGCUGUAGGCAGGCCUUGAGGAAGGAGCUGAAGACCUGGAAAGUGGACGUUGUGCUCAAUGAUGGGGCCCCCAAUGUCGGGGCUAGCUGGGUCCAUGACGCUUACUCACAAGCCCAUUUGACACUGAUGGCUCUCCGUUUGGCUUGUGAUUUCCUGGCCCGUGGUGGCUGCUUCAUCACAAAGGUUUUCCGUUCCCGUGACUAUCAGCCCCUGCUAUGGAUCUUCCAGCAGCUGUUCCGCCAUGUCCAGGCCACCAAGCCCCAGGCCUCUCGCCAUGAAUCGGCAGAGAUCUUUGUAGUCUGCCAAGGAUACCUGGCUCCUGACAAGGUUGACAGUAAAUUCUUUGACCCAAAAUUUGCCUUCAAGGAGGUUGAAGUUCAGGCCAAGACAGUUACUGAAUUAGUGACUAAGAAGAAACCAAAGGCUGAAGGCUAUGCUGAGGGUGACCUCACUCUCUAUCAUCGAACCUCAGUCACUGACUUCCUCCGAGCUGCCAAUCCGGUUGACUUCCUCUCCAAAGCCAGUGAAAUUUCAUUAGAUGAUGAUGAGUUGGCACAGCAUCCAGCUACCACUGAGGAUAUACGGGUGUGCUGUCAGGAUAUCAAAGUGCUGGGGCGCAAGGAGCUUAGGUCCCUACUGAACUGGAGAACGAAGCUUCGGCGAUAUGUAGCCAAGAAGCUGAAAGAGCAAGCAAAGGCGUUGGACAUCAGCCUCAGCUCAGGAGAGGAGGAGGAAGGUGAUGAAGAGGACUCAACAGCUGGGACCCCGAGGCAGCUCUCCAAGGAGGAGGAAGAGGAGGAACAAUUGAAUCGGACCCUGGCAGAGAUGAAGGCCCAGGAGGUGGCAGAAUUAAAGAGGAAGAAAAAGAAGUUGCUGCGUGAGCAGAGAAAGCAGCGGGAGCGUGUGGAGCUGAAGAUGGAUCUUCCCGGGGUUUCCAUCGCAGAUGAGGGGGAGACUGGCAUGUUCUCCCUGCGCACCAUCCGGGGUCACCAGUUGUUAGAGGAGGUAACACAAGGAGAUAUGAGUGCUGCAGACAUGUUUGUGUCCGAUCUGCCAAGAGAUGACAUCUAUGUGUCAGAUGGUGAGGAUGAGGAUGAUACAUCUCUGGAUAGUGACCUGGAUCCAGAGGAGCUGGCAGGAGUCAGAGAUCCUCAGAGUCUAAAGGACCAAAAGUGUGUACGAUUUGCUAAAGCAAAAGAUGAUAAAGCAGAGGAGGAUGAAGAAGAGAACCCAUUGCUGGUGCCUUUGGAGGAAAAGGGAGUCCUGCAGGAAGAACAAGCCAGCCUGUGGUUCUCAAAGGAUGGCUUCAGUGGGAUUGAGGAUGAUGCUGACGAGGCUCUGGAGAUCCGUCAGGCCCAGCUGUUGUAUGAGAGCCGCCGGAAGGGGCGGUCGCAGCUGCCACCACCACCACCACCAUCUUCUGGUUUGAAGACAGAGAGAAAACCUUCCCAGUGCCCGGAUGAGGCCCUUAAGGAGACACAGGCUCCACCAGGGACAGAGGCUGCCACUGGCCCUGGGGGUGGGGAGAAAGAUGACAGCUCCGACAGUGACAGUAGCAGCAGUGAGGAUGAAGAGAGCUGGGAACCACGCCAUGGUAAGAAGCGAAGCCGUGGGUCCAAGUCAGAGGAUGAUGGGUUUGAGAUAGUGCCUAUUGAGGACCCAGUGAAACAUCGGAUACUGGACCCUGAAGGCCUUGCGUUAGGUGCUAUUAUUGCCUCUUCCAAAAAGGCCAAGAGAGACCUCAUAGAUAAUUCCUUCAGCCGGUAUACAUUUAAUGAGGAUGAAGGCGAGCUUCCAGAGUGGUUUGUGCAGGAGGAAAAGCAGCACAGGAUACGGCAGUUGCCUAUUGACAAGAAGGAGGUGGAGCAUUAUCGGAAACGGUGGCGAGAAAUUAAUGCACGUCCCAUCAAGAAAGUGGCUGAGGCUAAAGCCAGAAAGAAACGCAGGAUGCUGAAGAAGCUGGAACAAACCAAGAAGAAAGCAGAAGCUGUGGUGAACACGGUGGACAUCUCAGAACGAGAGAAGGUGGCACAGCUUCGAAGCCUCUACAAGAAGGCUGGGCUUGGCAAGGAGAAACGCCAGGUCACCUAUGUCGUAGCCAAAAAAGGUGUGGGCCGCAAAGUGCGCCGGCCAGCUGGAGUCAGAGGUCAUUUCAAAGUGGUGGACUCAAGGAUGAAGAAAGACCAAAGAGCACAGCAACGGAAGGAGCAGAAGAAGAAAAACAGGCGGAAGUAAGCAGAGCCACCAGGGCCUCUGAGAAGGCAGUGUAUGGAGAAGCGACUGCAGGUUACUCCCGCCUCCGUUACCAGCUGCACCCUGCUUGCAUCACAGUCAUCUGAAAAGACAGUGAGGUGUGGGGUACCUAGAACUCUCACGGUGCUCUGAGGACAUCUGCCUCUUGUGAAAGCACUGCCGAAGUGCCCUGUUGGACUCCACAACCCUUCCAUGAAGAAGACGGUACUUCUUUAAAUCAUGAAAGGGAACUUGAGUGUUGAGGUGGCAUUCACUCUAGUCUAUUUCUGGACCUCUCAGGUCUCUCCAUCCUCUUCCAUUGACAUUUAAAUAAAACCAUGAUUAUAGAUGUCUUUUCUGCCGUCCCAUUAAGUGCUAACUUAGGUGCUGCACUGUUCUAAAUCCUAUUUAGCAUGUUCUGACUCCUGAGGUAGAAAUGACAGACAAUUCACAGGUCCCAGUAGUAAAACAUUUACUAGAGCAAGCAGAAAAGAAUGCACAUCUUAAAGAAACCUUCACAAAGUCACAAAAUUUGAAUUAUGUAUAUUUCCUUUAUAAACAACAUAGAACAAAAAUCAUCAAAAUCAUCUCAGCAAAAGAUUUUUCUACCAUUGUGGCAAGUUAAAAAAAACAACACACAAUGAAAUAGGGGAAGACAGUUAAAAGCUGUUGGGGUUUUAAAUUUAGCAACACUUCAGACCUGGAGCAAUCCUGUUUUUAGGAUCAUCUUUCACCUUUUAAUAGUAGUGGCUCUGGGCUUCUACUACAGGCUGCUUCUUCCUGUCUCAGGGCUGGAUACAAACCUGAGCAUCAACUCCACUUAGAAUCAGAUACCUCCCUUCCCUGCAAAUGUAUGGAAGCACCAAAGUGCUUCCCAAACAUCCCUAACACCUCAAAGGACUGGCUUUGCAGAAGCCAACUCCUAAAAGGGACUGCCUGGGCACAUGGCUAAGAAAAAGAUUUUUACUUAUAGAUGUUUAUAAGCUGACCGUAAAAAAUACACACUACAUGAUAUAAACCUAGAGUUUUAUAUCCUAUAAGGCCCUUACAACAAACCCAGAGCCAAAAGAAGCUUCCCAGCUCUCACUGCUUAUGAUCAAAGCAGCCCCCCAAAAUAAUCCAAAAAACGAUCCAGAUGAAGGGGUAAUGUCUCCAAGGGCCAGCUACCCACUAAGGGAAGGGGGUCCUUACAUCUUGGGCCCCACCCAACCCAGCCCUGAGACACCUAAUUACCAAAAA